GCUACAAGCUGUGCAGGAAUAAAAAACGCCCGUGUCGGGUUCAGUGACGGAGAAUACCUCAUAUAUGUACGCCCAGAGUGUAACACCCCAAUGAAGGUCUAUUGCCAUGGUAUGAACACCAGUUCUCCUAAAGAGUUUAUCACACUUCCUGCUGGAGUACAGAACAAUUACGCUCAUAUAUACGCCAAGCGACUGCCUCACAGACCAUACUCCGCCAGAUACAAGUGCUCCGGAACGCCUGGCAGGAUGAAUUAUACUGCAGCGGGUUUGAGCAGGUUUCGCAAGGUUCGCGUGGAUCUUUCAAGAAUGGCCAUCAUUGGCGAUGAUUUCACCUUCGCCAAGUCAAAUCCGUUUGGCAAGAGAAUCCCCUAUGGUUCGGCUGGAGAUUGCUUUUCGAUGCAUUUUGGUGGAAAGUGCAGGAGGGGUCACUUUAAGGUUGACCUCUCUCAGACUGGCUUACGUUUAAAGCCAUCUGUGCGAUGGAAAGCGAUUGGUUUUCCCCCCGGAAUUGAAAUGCACGAGUACAAAAAAUCGAAGGACGGUACCAUGGUUUCUGCUAAGUGUGGCGGAUGGUGUGGACAGUGCAGACCUGUCGGAGAAAUGCUCCUAGAACAGACUGUCUGCAGUCAAGAAGAA